GCCUGUCGCACCCCAACUUGGCGUCGCCGGACCUGAAGUGGGACACCGAGAUGAGGCUGAAGCAGCUCCUGGCCAAAGCGCAUCCCCAGUGCCCGGGCCUGCGACACGCGGGCUCCGCAGGGUCCUGGAAGAUCUCCCGGGUCAGCGGCAAGUGCACGGAGGAGCGCCUUGCCAACGCCAAGCCCACAGUGAAUGCUCCGAAGAGCAUCGCGCAAGUCUCGCAGUUGAAG